CACGGCAGGAUCCGUGGUUUGUUUCCCUUGGGGCAGGGGAGGAAGGAUGGAGGGAAAAAAGUUCAAGCUGUCCCAUGGCAGCAGACACUUCUUGCCGGCCUGGCAGGGCAGGAUGGUUCUGGCGAUGGCCCUCGUGGACUCCGCCUUGCCCAGAGCCUUCCCCCGGCGCCGGGCAGGUCUCUGGAGCUCAUCUUCCCACGGGUGCCAGCGGCGCUCCCGGCGGAAGGGCACGCGGAGGGGUGCGGGGCCGCGGGGCGGGGCGGGCCCGCCGGGGCGGGGCUGUGCCUGCUCCCGCCCUGUGACGCCCCGCCGGAAGCGGGCGCGGCGGGGCCGCCGGUGCCGGUGGCGGCAGUGCCGCCAUGGAGUUCCCGGACCUGGGCGCGCACUGCUCCUGGCCCGCCUGCCAGCGCCUGGACUUCCUUCCUCUCAAAUGCGAUGCCUGCGAGCAGAUCUUCUGCACCGACCACAUCACUUACGCCCAGCACGAUUGCACCUCUGCCUACAAGAAGAGUGUAUGUCUGUGCCUCUGCACCUGCUGUGCAAGCUGGUUGGAGGGUCAUGAGCAGGAUCUCAAACUGCAGCUGAAGCUGUGGAAGCCAUGCUCCCUGUUGUUGUCUCUGCAGGAUGUGCAGGUCCCAGUGUGUCCCCUCUGCAACACGCCAGUCCCUGUGAGGCGGGGGGAGAUGCCUGAUGUUGUGGUGGGUGAGCACAUUGACCGUGACUGCAAGUCUGACCCCGCACAGCGCAAGCGCAAGAUCUUCACCAACAAGUGUUUGAAGCCUGGCUGCAAGCAGAAGGAGAUGAUGAAGGUGAUCUGUGACCAGUGCCACAAGAACUACUGCCUCAAGCAUCGGCACCCCCUGGACCAUGACUGCAGUGGGGCAGGACAUCCCCUUUCCAAAGCAGGGCAUGCUGCAGUUACCAGAGCCCAGGCAUCUUCCUCCAAAAUAGUCACCGCAUCAAGCAGCGGAGCUGCCCGGCCAGCAGACAGCUCCUCUUCCCUGGCCUGUGCCAGAGCGAGGAAGAGGCACUGCAGCGAGCUCUGGAGAUGUCCCUGGCAGAGUCGGCACGCAGCUCAGCACAGCAACCCAGCAGCACACAGGAGGAGGAGGAUCUGGCACUGGCCCAGGCACUGUCAGCGAGCGAAGCCGAGUACCAGCAGUCGCAGCGGCAGGCACACGGUUCAAAGCCAUCCAACUGCACCAUGUCGUAGGCAGGUGAGGCGGGGUGUGCCAGCAGACACAGCAUCCUGCUUGUGACCCGAGGAGCGGCUCUGGCCUCCCACAUGGAUGUCGUGGGGUUCUGUCCUGGACACCGGUACCAAGAGCCCCUUGCCAAGGACAGCUCAUCUCCCUGGGAGCUGUAAGCAACCAAAUAUACACUGACACUUCAGCCCUAGUACAUAUAUAAAAUUAGUGCAGCGAAUUGCUGAUGCUCCUGGGGAGGUGAAGAGUGCACAGGAUGGAGCUGGGUACACGCUGACCAAAGCAAGCAGCAGCCCAGGGUCUGCACUUACCUGCAGUUGCCAUGGCCGUGUCCCAAUACUGCUGGGACUGUGGGGCGAGGGCAGAGCUGUGUGGGGAUGUCUCUGCACGUUCAGACAUACAGCUGGAAUGUAGCUGGCUUCUGCAGUGGGGGGCUGGAUUCCAUGCUCUGAGGAGGGCUGUGCCAGCCCCUCAGCAAAGAGCAAAUGUGGCUGGGAUUGUCUCUUGCCUGGGCAUGGCACAGCUGAAUGUGCAGCCUCCCAGCAGUGUGAAAGCAGCCCCUUCCCUGCUCCCCACACCCUCAGGUACCUCCCUGCUGUUUGCAUGUACAAGAGCACGUUGGGCCUUGCCCUGCUCGUCUGGGGCACAAGACCUCUCUGAGACUGAAUGGAGCUGCAUUUCCUUUCUGGUUUAAUAUCAUAAGUAACCUUG